CCGAGAAGAUGAUGAGUUCGAGCUAUUGGAAUGAGGCGGGUAGCAGCAGCAGCUGUGGGACUCAGCAGCUUCCAGAGAAAAAUCUAGUGUAUGAGCGAGUGAGGACCUACAGCGGGCCCAUGAAUAAGGUGGUUCAGGCCUUGGACCCUAUCGGCUCACGGGAAGUGCUCUCCCCUCUCAAAACAUCAUCCUCCUACCAAAAUUUGGUGUGGAGCGACUGUUCCCAGGAACUGCAUUCUCCAACUCUGAAAAUAUCGACUUGUGCUCCAAGCGCUCUACACAUAACUCCAAAUACUGAACAGGAACUCCAUUCUCCAGUGGUGAAAGUCACUUCAUAUCCACAGACCACUAUUAGGAGAUACAUAGUACAAAAUCCUGAACAGGAACCACUGUCUCCAUUCCUAAGAGGAGGCCAAUUCUUCCCAGGAAACAAUGUCAUUUAUGAAAAAACAAUAAGAAGAGUGGAGAAGCUAAAUAUGGAUCAGGAGUGCCAUCCGCAGGUCCACUGCCAUCAUCACAUUAUCCAGCAGCCCCAGGUCAUCCACUCUCCCCUCUGCCAACAGUCCCACUCUAGCCAGCAAAUGCAAACCCUCACGGGAAGCGACUCCAUCUCCACAAGCAUUGGAAGUGACCUGUGCCACGGGGAAUCAAGCCAUAUACAUGAGCAGGUGGUAAUUCAGGAUGAUGGCCCUGAAAAAUUGGACCCCAAAUAUUUUGGAGAGUUACUUGCCGAUCUAAGCCGCAAAAAUACAGAUCUGUAUCACUGCCUAUUAGAACAUUUGCAGAGAAUUGGAGGAAGCAAACAGGACCUUGAGUCCACAGAUGAGUUGGAAGACAUUGAAUCUUUGAUUCCUAAAGGAUUGUCAGAGUUUACGAAACAGCAAAUUCGCUAUAUUCUGCAGAUGAGGGGGAUGUCUGAAAAAUCUCUCCGGCUGCUGCUCUCCACAUUCAGCAACAUACGAGAGGAACUUCGGCAUCUUCAAAACGACUUGACAUCCCUGGAAAAUGACAAGUUAAGACUUGAAAAAGACUUGGUUUUCAAAGAAACUCAGAUAAAAGAAUAUGAAGAACUCUUGGCAUCGGUGAGAGCAAAUAACCGUCAGCAGCAGCAAGGACUUCAGGACUCAAACUCUAAAUGCCAAUCAUUGGAAGAAAGCAAUCUCUCCCUUCGACAUACACUGUCAGACAUGGAAUAUAGAUUAAAAGAACUGGAAUACUGUAAACAUAAUUUAGAGCAAGAAAAUAAAAAUCUUAGAAUGCAGGUCUCCGAGACUUGCACAGGCCCGAUGCUGCAGGCUAAAAUGGACGAGGUUGGCAACCAUUACAUGGAAAUGGUAAAAAACUUAAGAAUGGAGAAAGACAGAGAGAUCUGCAAACUAAGGACUCAAUUAAAUCAGUACCAAAAAGACGUACUGAGAAGAGAAGGAAGUUGCAGUGACUUCCAAUUCAAGCUUCAUGAACUGACAAGCUUGCUGGAAGAGAAGGAUUCCCUUAUAAAGCGCCAAUCAGAGGAACUCUCGAAGUUGAGACAAGAAAUAUAUUCAUCUCAUAACCAAGCUUGCAGUAGUGGAAGGACUACAAUUACCACUAAAAAGUACAAGACCCAAUAUCCAAUCCUAGGUCUCCUGUAUGAUGACUAUGAAUACAUACCACCAGGUAGUGACACACAUACAGUCGUGAUUGAGAAAACAGAGGACAAAUGGACUUGUCCAUGAACGACUCUCCAACUCAAAGAAGAAGAUUAUUUUGGGGGGAGGGGUCUGCGUUAGUACUUUAAUUAUUAUAUUUCCGUAACUAGAGGCCAAUCCAAAUUCUGAACAAUGGCACUACCAGCGAAUCUAAUGGAAUGAAUUAGUUCUCCACACAAGUUUCUCCAGCCACUUACGAGGCCUGAAUCCUAUCACAUUCUUGUAUUCAAUAUAGAAUUCGCCGCUUAUGUAAACUUCCAUUGCAGACAAUGUAGGAUAUAAUUCACUAUUUUUCAAGAGGAUGCAUCCUAGAUACUGCAUUAACUGGUCAGGGUAGAGAUUUUAUAAGUUAUUCCAUUAAAUGAUUUUUCUCUGAUAUUAGAUAUGCAAUUCAGCUACAAGGAUAGAUAUUGUUUGUUAUCAAAAAAAUAGGCGAGAGACUGUUGAAUUUAAAAAAACAGUUUAGUGUAUGGUGUAUACAGUGUAUAUUUGUUUUUCUCACAUGGAACCUUGUGACUAGAAAAGAUGCUUCAUUACAUGCUAUUUAUACCUUUCAGAGACAUAACUAAAUCAAAGGUGAUGGUUAACUUCAUUAAGUAGGAAAGCGGGAUUAAUAUCUUUUCAAAUAAAUAA